CUCAGAGCCGAGUCUCGGACGAGAACGCAAGCGAGGAUCCAUCAAAAGGUGAAAAAGUAGCCCGAAGAGAAGACGGAUACCUGUGUGUAGUGAAAAAGAUUGUAGUUUUUCGUGAAUUAGAAGCAGCUAGUAAUCGCGUUUGCGAAAUGUCUCACUUUUCACGCAUCUGCGAGAAAAGUGCUAUUUUGUUUGUAGUGCUGUGGCUGGGAAUAUAAGCAGUGUCUCGAAGAAGAAAAAAAAAAUCGGUUCAUGGUGACGAUUUAAUGGCUGUGUUCGACGAGGGCAGCAGCAGUAGCAGCAAGACUAUUUCCAAGGUGAAAAGCAGCAAUGGUAGCAGCGUUGUCGGAGCCAAUAGUAGCAGUAACACUUUUAGCGCUGCGCCAGCAGCAAAAGAAACCAAAAUUCCUAGCUUAUCCCUGCAUCAGGCCGCGGCAGGCAUUUCUACGCAAAUGUCGGCCGAAACGGACGAUACGGAUGACGAGCAGCAGCCGCCUCUCGAUGCGUACUCCCAGCUCGAGGAGGACCUUCGCAACAUCAAAUCCGUAAUUCACGUUACGCGGGAGAACAUCGAUGCUCUGAAUGCCAAGUUCGCGGAUUUUCAGCAGCCUCCGACCCUCUAUCUAGAGGAGUAUCAAGAGCUGACCUCGAAACUGCACGAGCUCGAAACUAAGGAACAGGACUUACUGGACCGGAAAUGUCAGAUGCAGGCACAGGCGGCUCAACAGGAGCGAGAAUCAACCAGCGAGCCGAGCGAGCCGCCCGAUCCAGAGGAACUUGUUGAGGUUGAAAGCAUGUGCGGCACGCUGAGUCGGCAAUCCAAGAUGCUUCUCAGAGCACAUUUGCCGAAUCAGCAGCGAACAUCGGUGCAGGUGAUACCGGGGAUGCGCCUCAAGGAUGCACUCGCGAAAGCACUCCAGCGUCGUGAUCUUACUUGUGACAUUUGCGAGGUAACUUCCGCGGGCAGUGAUCAUCCGAUCCCGUGGGAUACCGACAUCUGUUCGCUAAACUGCGAAGAAGUGUUUGUUCGUAUUUUGGAUCUUGGAUUUCCUACCUACAUCCAGCACCAGUAUAUUCGCAAAACAUUCUUCUCGUUGGCCUUUUGCGAGUGCUGUCGUCGGCUGUUGUUCACCGGGUACUACUGUAGUCAGUGCAACUAUCGGUUCCACCAACGCUGCGUGGAUAAGGUGCCACCAGUUUGCAGCAAGCGGUACAUGGACAGCAUAUUCUAUCAAUAUUUGUUAUCAAACCCGGAGAGUACGGUGGGAAUCAUCAAUCCGGGCACCGUUAGUCUACGGCAUCCGCGCUCACUCAAUCAGCACGAUCGAUCGAACUCUGCGCCAAAUGUGUGCAUCAACAAUGUGAUGAAACCACUGUUCGGAGCGGACAAUCGGACGUUAAUCAAUUGCAGGCCACUGCAGGUGGCCCAAUCCAACCAAGAACAUUCACAUUCCACUCAAGCGUCACCAACGAACACGCUGAGGCACAGCAAACGACCGAGGGCACGUUCGGCCGACGAAAGCAAUAAGAAUCUGCUCUCGCCACGCGACCCGAAGCAAUCUGAAGAGAACUGGAACAUCCAGGCGGAAGAAAUUCUGAUCGGCCAACGCAUCGGCUCCGGCUCGUUUGGUACGGUGUACAAGGCCCACUGGCAUGGCCCGGUCGCGGUAAAGACACUAAACGUGAAGACGCCCAGUUCGGCGCAGCUGCAGGCAUUUAAGAACGAGGUCGCCAUGCUGAAGAAAACUCGUCACUGUAAUAUACUGUUAUUCAUGGGUUGUGUAAGUAAGCCAUCGCUAGCGAUUGUUACGCAGUGGUGCGAAGGAAGCAGUCUGUAUAAGCAUAUUCACGUGAACGAGACAAAGUUCAAGCUGAACACGCUGAUUGAUAUUGCCCGUCAGGCGGCCCAAGGUAUGGAUUAUCUGCACGCGAAAAACAUUAUUCAUCGGGAUCUCAAAUCGAACAAUAUUUUCCUGCACGACGACUUCUCGGUGAAGAUCGGUGAUUUCGGGCUUGCCACAGCCAAAGUUCGAUGGUCAGGAUCGCAACAGUCCAACCAACCCACUGGUAGUAUUUUAUGGAUGGCUCCGGAGGUGAUCCGCAUGAAGGAUCAGAAUCCCUAUUCCUUCCAAAGUGAUGUUUAUGCGUUUGGAAUCGUGCUGUACGAGAUGCUCACUGAACAGUUACCCUAUAGUCACAUCAACAACAAGGAUCAGAUUCUGUUCAUGGUUGGUUGUGGUAAGUUGCGACCCGAUAUGACUAAGGUUCGCUCCGACUGCCCGCAAGCUUUGAAGCGUUGCGUGGAAGACUGUAUUAAAUUCGGCCGAGAGGAGCGUCCCCUCUUCCGGUUGUUACUGAACAUGCUCGAGAAUAUGCUGCGAACAUUGCCGAAAUUUCAUCGCAGCGCUAGCGAGCCAAACUUCACCCAAACGCAGCUCCAGAACGAGGACUUUCUCUAUCUUUGCUCGAGCCCGAAAACACCGGUUAACUUCCACAACUUUCAAUUCUACAACGGCACGGGUAACAUCUAGCGCAUUCGUUGGCAUAUCGAGAUUGGUCUGGCUGUAAUCGUUCUCGUUUCAAUCUAAAAGUUCUUGUUAUUGACAUUUAAAUCAAAUCUACCAAUAUCGUGUAAAGCUACAACAGCAGAAGAAGCCAAGGGUUUGAGCUUUGGCACGCUCGGGCGACAAUUACUAUAAAUGCGAUGGCUGCCGAAUGUUUGGUGGCCAUCCGAACUGUUCAUCUCAGACUGGUGUAAAUAACGAAGUAUCCCGAUUGGCGGGGAAAAGAUAUAGAGAGGGGAUAGAGGAAGAGAAAAUCACGCUACAAGAUAGAUUAUAAAAUAUCGUCUCGCACUGGUACUGGUACUAUGUUCUGGAGAGAGAUUUUCCUUCACUCGACCUUAGAUUGAAAUUCAUCAUCACAUUAUUAUUACUAUCAUUACUGUUUAGCUAGAAGCGAAAGGUCGAAACGAUUCUACUGAUAUUGUUUAUUAUAUUUAAUUUGGUAUAGUGUACAUAUUUAAAGUGAUACAAACAUAGCUCAUUAAAGCAAGAAACCUGUCGAUGAUUUCAUUAGAUUAAGUUGAAGUUAAAGUUUUAUGUAGUUAAGCCUGCUGCUUUAUUCUAAGUUUCUGCUCAGUAAUAUACAUAUAUGUUCAAUGUCAA